AUGACGGUACAGCUCUUGGAUUCCUUCAUUGUCCCGAAGGACACUGUUUCAAUAUCUGGGACCACAAGCAGCUCAAUUGGCUAUGAGAAGUUUAGUUUUGCUACUAUAAAAAUAUUUUUAUUCAACCCUACCAUUGUCUUGUCAAUUAUGAGUUGCGGCAAGGUGAAUGUAUGGAUUCCUCACGACGAAGGAGCACGAUUCAAGUUGGACCCCACUCGACAUCUUGACAGACGAUACGCGUUUCACGCUGGAUCCACAGUUCACAAUGGUAUGUGGGCAUCUGCUCAUCCAGAAGGUGAAAACAAUACGGAUGCAGUCAUUGUCUGGGAUACUUCCGAAAUGAGGGAAGUGGAAGCGUUGCGAACGGAUGGCCGUGUCCAUUCUGUUGAGUUCGACGGUAAAGGUCAUUUGGUGUGUGCCACCGACAAGUCCGUGAGAUGUUGGAGGCAUGUGGCGUUGAGAUUCGAAUUCUUGUGGGUGGUUGAACAGUCCCUUCGAGUACAUGUGUCUCCCUUAGGAGCCUUCGCCUGGUCCGAGAAAACAGGUGAUUCCUAG